CGCGUUCACGCGGCUCUCGACGGCCUGCCCCGGAUCCCAGUGCGCGCGCUCCCGCGUCAGCCUGGUGGAGAGGGGGGAAAACAUGCAGCGGCAGUUGUCCGAGCCACGCAGAAGAGCGAGCAAGUGAGCAAGAAGGAGAGAAGCGAGGGCUCCGUGGACGAAAAAAACCCACUCGCAUUGGUGGCACCGGUCGAUCUCUUCGCAGUCGGAUUGCGGUGACAAAAGCCGCCGUUCCAAGUGGGUUUAUUUUGCAUGACGAGAGCAGCUCAACGUCGAGGAGGAGAGGAAAAAACCGUAUGCAGCCUGCGCUUCUUCCACCUGACAUUUUGGAAACCCCAAAUCCCCAAACAUCGCAAGAAGUUACAUUGCCUGACAGGAAGACCGUGGAUGGGCUCUCCACAUAAUGGCAGUGAAACAACCUGUCCUGUCUGCUUCCCAGGUUCCAGCAGUGGGCGCCGUCUGCUUCACCAACUGGGACUCGAUGGCUGCCAUUGUUGCCUCUCGGUACACUGCAAUGUCUGCUAUCCCCAGUCUUGAGAUUUAAACCGGUUCCGUGAUUGAACCCCGGUUGGUUCCUGUCGUCAAGGUCCUCAUGGAGGGGUUUGCUGUCCACUGACUGAAAGCAAACUCUGCGGAUCAGCGGCCAUGUCGGCCUGCAGCACCUUCACCGAGCAUGUGUGGAAACCGGGCGAGUGCAAGAACUGCUUCAAGCCAAAGAGUCUGCACUGCACUCUGAGUGGCGGGAACAAGCCUCGAUCCGAGCUCAGACUUGCGACAUCUCAACAACAGAAUCCGCCCCAUGCUGGGACCAGAGCCAACUCGAACCUGGCCAACAACUCCCAGAGGGCCGGCAGCGGCAGCGGGAAUGCCCGCUCGGGACACUUCCGUCCACCCGUGGCAAAGAAACCGACCAUCGCUGUUAAGCCCACUAUGAUGCUGCCAUGCUCAUCCUUAGGUUCAGGUUCUAACGGCAAUAUGCAGAGUCCAACAAGUGUGCUGGAACCAGGCAAAGCUUCAGCCUUUAUGGUCUGGAAUCGCAAUGGACUAAACUGUAAGAGGGCCAGCGGUACGAGCAACAACAACGAGGGAGACGACGACGUUGCCGAAAUUGAGGGCUAUGAGCAACUUAGUCCAAGGACCCCGAGUGGAAAUAAUAAUAACAGUGGACUGACUGAUGUCUUAAAAGAGAUUGCCGGGUUAGGUCCUGGUCCAAGCCUCACGCCUGUGUCUAAAGACUUAUUUUGGGGACGGAUCAGUAGCUCAUACCAAAGGUCGUUAGAAAGAGGCCUUCCGGCCGCAAGCUGUUUGGCGGUGGGAAGUUGCCUCGGUGGUGGCACGAGUCAAAAACGGGUGUCUCUAAGUGAUAGCACAGAGAUAAUCAGCAUGGAGGGUGGUCGCUUUUGCUACCCCGAAUUUUCGAGUGAAGGGGAAGAUGAUGAUGAGGAGGAGGAGGAGGAAGAGUCCGAAGGAGAUGACCAGCACGAAAGCUGGGAUGAAAGUGAUGAAGAGUUGCUCGCUAUGGAGAUCCGUAUGAGAGGUCAGCCACGAUUUGCAAACUUCCGUGCUGCCACCUUGUCUCCGGUGCCCUUUGCCGCCAGCAAAAAGUGGAAUACGGUUCCACUUCGCAAUCGUUCUUUGCAGCGGAUUUGCGCUGUGGAUUACGAUGACAGUUACGAUGAAAUUUUGAAUGGGUACCCCUCCGUGGAUUCCACUGGAGUUCUUCCACAUUACGGGCCUCGUGACUGCCAAGGUAGUGGUUUCCUUACAAAUUCAGAGUCCACAAUUUCUCCGGGAUCAUCUUCAUCCCUACCAGAAGAUUCUCAGACUGCGUCAAGCAGUGAAAGCAGCGUGUCGUGCGCUCACCGAAAUGGCUUACGAUCCCCCGCGCCUGUCAAAUUCCCUCUCGCCUGUACUUCUCCUGUGAGCAAAGAGCCUGCUCACAGAGCGCUGAGUCCAGUCAAGGUGAUGGAAACGCACAAGGCUGUUCUGGCUAUCAGAUUGGAUGAUCAGGAUCAGUCAGCGUCAAUGCCCCAGGCCCUCCCGGGCCAACCGGUGACAAUCAGUUUUAGUCCCACGGAGGAGCAGGCCAAGCCAUACCGCGUUGUCAAUUUGGAAAAAUCACUGAUUUGUAAGCCUUACACCGUUGUAGACGUAUCAGCUUCCAUGACGGGCAAAAGUGAACAUUUAGCAGAUCCUCCACCCAAGCACAAAAACCCCUCCAGCCCAACAUCGUUUUGUAGCACUUCUGUGGGUCAGCCUCUGUCUCCAACGUCGUCCGGGUUACCGACGUCACCGACAUCUGUUGUCCGUUCAAAUGCCUCGCGGAAGAAAUUGGGGAGCAUUCGUUACCAAGAAGUAUGGACAUCAAGCACAAGUCCUCGUCAAAAGAUCCCCAAAGUUGACCUGGGGAACGGGAGCACCGCUGGCCAGUCGAUACCUUCCCAACACUUGAGCCACAAAUCAGCUCCGACAUCUCCGGUCGCUGGGCUGUCGUCUUCCCGAACGGUCCCCGUGAAAUCUCCAAAUUUAUCCGAGAUCAAGUUUAACAGUUUCAACAAUGCGGGCAUGCCUCCUUUCCCCAUCAUUAUCCGAGACGAGCCGGCAUAUGCCCGCAGCUCAAAGAAUGCCGUCAAGGUGCCGAUAGUUAUCAAUCCGAGCGCUUAUGACAACUUAGCUGUGUACAAGAGUUUCUUGGGUCUCCACGGCGAGUUGACGCAGGCGAAAGGGGUCGGCAGCCGGGUGACCAGCCAUACCUACGAAGAGAUUGGCUCCUCCGAGAGCGUCCAGUCGACCUCGACAGACAAAACCCUCUCUGGCAGAGGCACGUCGGAGAGAGUGUCUUCGGAGGAAACAAAAGCUCCGUUCGAAGCAAUGGCAAAAUCUCCCAGUCUACAACCGAUAACCACCACAGACCCCAGCGCUGUGACGAGCUCUGUGUUGGCCUCUCCAAUCGGGGCUCUUUCACCCACUGCAUCAACAAAUUCCACCACCUUUCUAGCGGAAAACCCGCCCAAGAGUAGCCCUGCUGCCAUUGCGGUAACGCAUCAAUUCAAUCGGGAUAAUCUUAUCAAACAGUCUUCUUCUACGGGGACAGGAUUAAACCAUCAAGUCGACGCCAGCGCUGUGCUCUCGCAGAUUGUGGCCUCCAUCCAGCCGCCCCAGUCUCCUCCGGAGUCCCCCUCUGCCCAUGACAAAAGCUUCAGCGCUGAGGAACUUUAUGCCCUUCCGCCCGAUGCCAUGAAGGAGACCCUGGCACGACCAAAGUCACUGUUUUCCUCAAAUGACGCCAGCGUUCCCAAGCCCAUAAAAGACACCAUCUCCAAAGUUUUGUCGAAAUCCCAGAGCGCCUCCGCUGCCGUGCCCCUCUCCGCUAGCCGCUCAGAGCCUAAUGCCCCUUUCCCCCCUCCCAGGUCUACGUCUUCCCCUUAUCACGCUUCCAACAUCCUCCAGAGGCAUUUUAGCAAUUGGACUAAGAGCUCCGCUUCCAGUUCUCCUUUACGCUCCAGUGAAGGCGAAACCCGUCCGAACGGAGAAGGGAAACGCAGUCAGCCGGAGAGCUCCAAACCCAAACGGUGGAUCUCGUUUAAGAGUUUUUUCCGUCGACGGAAAGAUGAGGACGAGCAGCGAGAGAAGGCGGAGAAAGAAAAGGAAAAGGGCAAGCUCGUCGGGCUGGACGGAACUGUGAUUCACAUGCUUCCGCCGCCACCGGUUCAGCAGCGGCUCUGGUUCUCGGAGGCAAAACCUGAGGAUCCGUCCCAGAAACCGACCAUUGUUUUUACCUACAAAAUGGAAAGUAGUAGCGACGCAAGUGCUGAAGGAGAGCUACGACUAGAAGAAUGUAAGGAGACUGCAUUACUGACACCCUGCGACAGUGAGGAGUCCAGACCUUUGAGCCCAGGGCGACAACAUCCCGCGUCGGAGUUCACUGAAGUUGCCCCUGUCAACGACAUAAGCCAGUUACCAGUCAGUGCCAACAAUGCGGCGGCUCGCGAGCUACCCACCGUCACCCCGCUCCCCGCCAGAGUCAAUCUGAGCUUGGUGUUUGGGGAGGGCGUGGAGACCCGCGCCAACCAGGCCGCGGCGGCCAGCGAGCGUAGCGCCAGCCUCGGGGAGCCAGAGGAUGACGGGAACCAGUCUCAUCGCUCGCACUCGCCCGCCUCCAGCCAGUGCAGUGCCACCUACAGUAACCUCGGUCAAUCUCGAGCCAACAUGAUCCCCCUGAAACAGCCGCGCAACAUCAAGGCGUCCAACGACACCCUGGCCUCCAUCGAUCUCGAAGGCCUCGCCGAGCAACCGGCACCCAAGUCCUCUCCGCCGCCCUUGCCCAAAAAGGCGGUCCCCCGCUCCAUCACGGAGCCCAGCCUGGCCGCCAAGGAACCCCUCCAGGGUGCCUUUCGACCGAGGGCGGAGGCCAAACCCGGCGGCACCAACCUGAGUGUCGCCAACCCCCUUUAUGACCUGGACACCACCUGGGAGACGGCGAGUCAGAGCUCCUCCAUCAGUACCCACGAUCAAGAAAGCGGCGACUCCCUGGAGCGCCCGUCGGCCGCCGUCGGCAAAGCCCGCCCGGCGAACAGCUUGUCCUCACUCAUGUCACAAGCCAGCAGCGCGGCCGGCGGCUCCAGAGAGAGGAAAGUCUACCCGAGCACCGAAUCGCUCACCGGCAAGAAUCGCAAGACUGGACAAGGCGCCGCCGCCCCUUCCAAACAUGCGAGGCCCGCGCUUUACCGGGGGCUGGACAGCUGGGACGAGGUGGUGGGCAGGAUCCGGGGCCUCCACACGGACACCCUGCGGAAGCUGACGUCCAAGUGCGAGGACCGUUUCAUGGCUGGCCAAAAGGAUCACUUGAGAUUCGAAACGGAGAGCUGGUCCGACUUCCGGCUGACCACCGGGAAACCUUGCUGCGAGGCCGGAGAUGCCGUCUACUACACCGCUUCAUAUGCCAAGGACCCGCUGGUCAACUACGCCAUUAAGAUCUGCCGAAGCAAAGUGAAGGAGACCCAGCAGCAGUUCUUCCACAGCCUGGCCGUGAGGCAGAGCCUGGCCGUGCACUUCAACAUCCAGCAGGACUGCGGCCACUUCCUGGCUGACGUCCCCGGCAGCAUGCUCCCCUGGGAGGAGGAGGCAGAUGAAGAAGAGGAGGAGGAGGAGCAGGAGGAAGGCGACAAGAAGGACGGCGGGGAUGGCUUGAAAGAAAGCCAAGCGAAAUCAGAGGCCAAGUCGACAGAGUCCAAACGUCCAAACGGGGAGUCGGGCGAGGCGUCGGCAGGCGCGGACGCGAGCGCCGCCGCCGCCGGCCGCUUGAGGAGCCGAGUGGUGGUCAUCACGCGGGAGGUUCCUUUCCAGACGGUGGCCGACUUCGUCCGCCAAGGCGUGUCUCGGCACGUCCAAAACCCGGAGCUGUACGAGCGCCAGGUGUGCCUCCUGCUGCUCCAGCUGUGCUCGGGCCUGGAGCACAUGAAGCCUUACCACGUGACGCACUGCGACCUGCGUCUGGAGAACCUGCUGCUGGUUCACUGCCGGCCCAGCAACGCCAGAACCGCAGACCCCGUCGAGCCCAACAACAACAGCGCCGGCAAACUGGCCGCCGCCGCGAACUCCACCUGCCCCGCCCGCCUCAUCAUCAGCAACUUCUCCCAAGCCAAGCAGAAGAGCGCCCUCAUGACCUCCGACCCCGGGGCGCUGCGGGACCACUCUCGGCUGGCGCCAGAAAUUAUCACCGCCACGCAAUUCCGCAAGUGCGACGAGUUCCAGACGGGGAUUCUCAUCUACGAGAUGCUGCACCGGCCGAAUCCCUUUGAGGAGACGCCGGAGCUGAAGGAGCAAGAGUACACCUGGGCCGACCUGCCGCCCCUGCCCGUGCGAUCGCUGUACUCGCAGGGCCUGCAGCAGCUGGCCCGGUUGCUGCUCACCGUCAACCCGUCGGAAAGGAUCCGCAUGUCGGAGGCUCGGGCCUGCCUGCAGUGCCUGCUGUGGGGACCCCGCGAGGACUUGUUCCAGGCUCUGGGCUGCGGCAGCGCCUCGGGCUCCAUGUCGUCGGCCACCUCCGGCCAGCGCCAGGCGACCCUCCAGAAUUGGCUGGACCUGAAGCGCACGCUGAUGAUGAUCAAGUUCGCCGAGCGCUCCAUGGACUCCGCUUGCGGCGUGAGCUUGGAGGACUGGCUCUGCUGCCAGUAUUUGGCCUUUGCGACCACGGAGAGCCUGAGCCGGGUGGUGCACAUCCUGCGGCAGCCGCAGCCGCAGCCCCCGUCUCAGAACCAGAACCUGAACCAGUCUGUCCCCGCCGGGCACAACCAUAGUCAUUUAGCGCACGCCUUCCACCGAACUCAGUCGCAGCCGCUCUGAGCUCCACUGCGGUGCGGUUGCCAAGGCAACUACUUGCCCCCUCCUGUGGUCCCCGCGCUGAUGCUAAUGCUUGGUGUGUACCGUUAGCAUCAUUAGCACCUCACGUGUCGGUGGGUAAAAAUUGGGACGGAUUCGACGUCGGCAGCAGGACGACGUGAUUUUGAAAACGAGCACACGAGCUUCCCUGACUUUGUCACGAUGCGGUUCAAAGUAAGGAAAGAAGAUUUGGACCAUUGGCAACAAAAAGCGGCAGGUUUUCGAUAGAGGUAGGUCGAAAAGGAUUCAGGGAGUGGCAAGAGCCUCUCGGCGCCACCACAAUGGAAGUGUCGAUUUUGAGUUGGAAUUUGAGACGUUUCACAAAAGUAGAACUUGACCCAUUUAGGAUCGAUGAGUUCAAUUUGGACUAAAUAUCUCGUUGAGCGGAUGGAUCUUGAAUCGCAGCUUUCCCCGGCCGGACGUGUCAUUGAUUUCAUGGUCAAUCUUGCAACUUGCAGUUCAUUUGAAUAAAACUUUUUUUUUUUUUAAUUGUUCGGAUUAGUUUAAAAUAUUGGACCAUUGAAUAAUCCAAUUGUGAGCCAAAUAGUCUUUUGUGAAAAGAGACGACAAAGCCAAUUUGACAAGAAGGCAAAAUUGAAGUUGAAAGAUUUCAAAUGGAAAUAAUCCAUCUUUUUUUUUUUUUUUUUUUUUUUGUGGACGCCAAAGACCUGCCACAAAUUGGCCAUUAAAAUGUACUGACAGGAGACAUUACGAGACUUAAGUUUACGAUCUUGUCCAAAACGAGCCAGUGAUUUAUUAGUGACUUGUGAAGCUUUUUUUUUUUUGCUUUUUUUAGUCAAUGCCAGAUGCUGUAAUAUAUAUUUGACACAUUUGUGCAAGUGAUUUACAGGCUUCAAAGUUGUUGAAGUAAAAAAAAAAAAAGGGAUAUAAGCCGGCCUAGCUGUUGUUUUGCUUCCUCGCCUCAAAACGUGCAAUGUUUUCAUUUUUCCUCAAUUUUCCCUAAUUCUUGCGAUAGUUUUGUGGCACAUAAGACGAGAAUUCUCACUGUGGACUGAACCAAAGGGAACUUUCCUGGACCGGACUGCAAACAUUUUUUUUUUGUUAAUCUUCACCAGGUUGUUUUGGGAGAGCUUUGGUGGCAUUGGCGCCGAUUCGUUGCUCGGAGGUUCAAACGAAUUGAGCUGCUUGAUUUUGGACUUUUCUUGGCACGUCGAAUGUAAAACUUUUCCCGGACUGACAUUUGGAUCUUUCGACUGAUGAACCACUUGGAGACACGCUCCCAUUCCGCAACCAUUGUUGAUGCUUGCCGCUCAUCCGUUGACAUUUUUUUGCAGGGUGGGGAGAACCUGCGGACUACAUCACCUUCAAUCUGGCCUGCCAGGCAAUUCUAAAACCUCGGAGGAACUGUCAUAAAAAAAAAAAAAAAAAAGCCCCGAAACACCACUCAGAAUGUGUCAUCAAUGUUCGAAUUUUUCAGGACCCUCAGAGGAAAAUUCCCACCCCUGACUUGGUUUAAUGUGGGCCCGUGAAUGCGCACGGUUUCAUUUGUGGUCCGCGUGCCUUUUAUUCAACCCAACUUAAUUUUUAUUAUUUUUAUUUUUUUUUGCACAUUAAAAAAAAGUUCACUUCGCAUCCAAACUGACAUGGACAAAACACUUUGCAUUGUCUAUAUUAUUUGUCUUUGUUUGGGGGGGGUGAGAGAAAGCAAGUGUGUAAAGGAUUUGUAUACUAAAAGAAUGUCUGGAGAGCACUGGUGGCUGUCCUUGUAUGUAGAGAUUUAAGCGUAAAUAUAUGCAUAACCUAUUUUAACCCACAAUCCGCUUUUUGUUUUGUUUGUUUUUUUUGAGCACCGCACCAAAAUAACAUUUUAACCUUUGGUGAAACUUGACUUUCCCCAGGCUGUGACUGGGGAAGGAUGAGGCAAUGAGAUCACUGUUGAAGAGGAAAGCACAUUAGGAUACAGUCAAUUUAUAAAGUGAACACGCCUCUGUUAAAAAAUAUAUAUAUAUAAUUUUUUU